CAUACAUAUUUUCCAUUUUAGGCUUACUAGAAUUGGCUCAUAGAGAGUACCAAGCAGUGGACUACGAAAGUGCAGAAAAGCAUUGUAUGCAACUAUGGCGUCAGGACAGUACAAACACGGGAGUUUUAUUACUACUGUCAUCUAUUCAUUUUCAAUGCAGAAGGCUUGAUAAGUCAGCACAGUUUUCUACUUUGGCAAUAAAACAAAACCCGGUACUGGCGGAAGCAUACAGCAAUUUAGGAAACGUCUACAAAGAACGGGGGCAAUUGCAGGAAGCAUUAGAUAACUAUCGAAGAGCUGUUCGUCUUAAACCGGACUUUAUUGAUGGAUAUAUAAACUUAGCAGCUGCAUUAGUGGCUGCCCGUGAUAUGGAAUCUGCAGUUCAAGCAUAUAUUACGGCGUUGCAAUACAAUCCUGAUUUAUAUUGCGUACGCAGCGAUCUUGGAAAUCUUCUUAAGGCCCUUGGACGUUUAGAAGAAGCUAAAGCUUGUUACUUAAAGGCAAUUGAGACAUGUCCUGGAUUCGCGGUCGCUUGGAGUAAUUUAGGGUGUGUCUUUAACGCUCAGGGAGAGAUUUGGUUAGCAAUACACCACUUUGAGAAAGCUGUAACCCUUGAUCCGAACUUCUUAGAUGCUUACAUAAAUUUAGGAAAUGUUCUUAAGGAAGCAAGAAUAUUUGACAGAGCUGUGGCUGCUUACUUACGUGCAUUAAAUUUGUCUCCGAACAAUGCUGUAGUUCAUGGAAAUUUGGCUUGUGUCUACUAUGAACAAGGGCUAAUUGACUUAGCUAUCGACACGUAUAGGCGGGCCAUUGAUCUACAGCCUAAUUUUCCCGAUGCCUAUUGCAAUCUUGCGAAUGCUCUUAAAGAAAAAGGACAGGUUAAAGAAGCUGAAGAUUGCUAUAACACUGCACUAAGACUAUGUUCUAAUCACGCCGAUUCUCUAAACAAUUUAGCAAACAUAAAAAGGGAACAGGGUUAUAUUGAAGAGGCUACUCGACUUUAUCUAAAGGCAUUGGAAGUAUUUCCUGAUUUCGCUGCUGCUCACUCAAACUUGGCAUCUGUGUUGCAACAACAAGGAAAAUUAAAAGAAGCAUUAAUGCAUUACAAAGAAGCUAUUAGAAUACAGCCUACAUUUGCAGAUGCCUAUUCAAAUAUGGGAAAUACUCUUAAAGAGUUACAAGAUGUCAGUGGGGCCCUUCAAUGUUACACCAGAGCAAUUCAAAUUAACCCAGCUUUUGCUGAUGCUCACAGUAAUUUAGCUAGCAUUCACAAAGAUUCUGGAAAUAUUCCAGAUGCAAUUCAGUCUUACCGUACUGCCCUGAAGUUAAAACCAGAUUUUCCAGAUGCAUAUUGUAAUUUAGCCCAUUGUCUGCAAAUAGUUUGUGACUGGACUGACUAUGAAAUCCGAAUGAAGAAAUUGGUUAGUAUAGUUGCUGAGCAGCUUGAAAAGAACCGUUUACCAUCAGUACAUCCACAUCAUUCUAUGUUGUAUCCUUUGACACAUGAUUAUCGAAAAGCAAUUGCAGCAAGACACGCAAAUUUAUGUUUAGAAAAAAUUCACGUGCUACACAAAAAACCGUAUAAUUUUCCGAAAGAAUUACCUAAAAAUGGUAGAUUACGGAUUGGCUAUCUAAGCUCGGACUUUGGUAAUCAUCCUACUUCGCAUUUGAUGCAGUCAGUUCCUGGUUUGCAUGACCGUUCAAAGGUUGAGAUUUUUUGUUACGCUCUUAGUCCAGAUGAUGGCACAACAUUUCGAUACAAAAUCAGCAGAGAAGCUGAACAUUUUGUUGAUCUUUCACAAAUUCCUUGUAAUGGUAAAGCUGCCGAUAAGAUCCAUAAUGAUGGCAUAAAUAUUCUAGUAAAUAUGAAUGGCUACACAAAGGGCGCAAGAAAUGAAAUAUUUGCUCUCCGUCCUGCUCCAAUUCAAGUAAUGUGGUUAGGUUAUCCAGGAACAAGUGGAGCUAGUUUUAUGGAUUAUAUUAUAACUGAUGCAAUAACUAGUCCAAUGGAAUUAGCUUUUCAAUACAGCGAAAAGUUAUCUUAUAUGCCGCACACAUAUUUUAUUGGCGAUCAUAAGCAGAUGUUUCCACAUUUAAAGGAGCGUAUAAUAGUUUGUGACAAACAACAAUCUUCCCUUGUAGAUAAUGUAACGGUACUUAAUGCCACAGAUUUAUCUCCCCUAGUAGAAAAUACAGAAGUAAAAGAGAUAAAAGAAGUAGUCAACGCACAAAAGCCGCUAGAAAUAACUCAUAAAGUUGCAGAGCUGCCAAGCACGACGCAAAUAGUAUCAAUGAUCGCUUCUGGUCAAGUACAAACUUCACUGAAUGGAGUUGUUGUUCAAAACGGAUUGGCUACCACUCAAACAAACAACAAGACCGCAACCGGGGAAGAGGUUCCCCAAAAUAUUGUUAUAACAACACGACGUCAAUAUAUGUUACCAGAUGAUGCUAUUGUUUUUUGCAAUUUUAAUCAAUUAUAUAAAAUUGAUCCACAGACCCUUGAAUCAUGGGUCGAAGUUUUAAAAAAUGUACCUAAGUCUGUGUUAUGGCUUCUGAGGUUUCCAGCAGUUGGUGAACAAAAUAUAAAAAAAACUGUCAGUGAUUUUGGUAUAUCUCCAGACAGAGUUAUAUUUUCAAAUGUAGCUGCAAAAGAGGAACACGUGCGUCGAGGUCAAUUAGCCGAUAUAUGUCUUGAUACUCCAUUAUGCAAUGGGCAUACUACAUCUAUGGACGUCUUGUGGACAGGAACCCCGGUGGUAACUUUACCGGGAGAGACAUUGGCCUCAAGAGUUGCAGCUUCACAGCUUGCAACCUUAGGAUGUCCAGAAUUAAUAGCACAUACACGGAAAGAAUACCAGGAUAUUGCUAUACGUUUAGGAACAAAACGGGAAUAUUUAAAAGCUGUACGAGCUAAAGUAUGGAAAGCACGAGUUGAAAGUCCAUUAUUUGAUUGCUCUCAGUAUGCCAAAGGUCUAGAAAUAUUGUUCUUACGUAUGUGGGAAAGAUUUAAAAAUGGUGAACUUCCAGACCACAUUUCUGCAGUUGAAAAAAUUUGAAAAAAAAUUCUACAAAUUAGGCACGCCAUGAAGAACGACAGUAAAUUGCUUAUAAAAAUGCAUAUAUAAAUACCUUUUUCUGCAUAAGAAAUA